AUGACCAUGGUUGGGGGCUGGGGCUCUGCUGCAGCUGGCAGCCCCUGGGCUCUUCUGGCCCUGGCUCCCAUGGAAGCCUCAGGCGAGCUCUCUGGUGGCGACAUCUCAGCCGAUGCUCUGUGCUCGCAGGCCGGUGACUUCACCAACCACAACGGCACAGGGGGGAGGUCCAUCUACGGGAGCCGCUUUCCUGACGAGAACUUCAAACUGAAGCACAAGGGGCCAGGUGUCCUGUCCAUGGCAAAUGCAGGCCCCAACACUAACGGCUCCCAGUUCUUCAUCUGCACCAUAAAGACAGACUGGCUGGAUGGCAAACAUGUUGUGUUUGGUCAUGUCAAAGAGGGCAUGGAUGUAGUGAAGAAAAUAGAAUCUCUUGGCUCCAAGAGUGGGAAGACAUCCAAGAAGAUUGUCAUCACGGACUGUGGCCAGCAUGCGGAAUCUUAGUUCACCGACCAGGGAUUGAACCUGCGCCCCCUGCAAUGGAAGGGUGAGGUCUUAACCACCAGACUGCCAGAAAGUCCCUAUCUAUCUUUUUGAUUCUUGACAUCAAAGCAGUAUCUCAUUUAGGUUUUGAUUUGCAAACCCUAAAUGAUUAAUGAUGUUGAGCAUCUUCUCAUGUGUUUAUGGACACAUGAGAAGAUGCUCUUCUUUGAAGAAAUGUCUAUUCAGAUUUUUGCCUGUUUUUAAGUGGGGUUAUUUGUAUUUUUAUUGUUGAGUUGUAAGAGCUCUUUAUUUAUUUUAGAUAAAAGUCCUUUAUCAGAUAUCGGACUUGCAAAUAUUUUCUCUCAUUGUGUGAGUUGUCUUUUUACUUUCUUAAGGGUGUCCUUUGAAGCACUGUUUUAAAUUUUGAUUCAGUCCAAUUUAUUUUUUGUUUUCAAGGUGACCAUAGGCUUGAACUCUAUUUCAAAAAAUAAAAUGUAAAGUAAA